AGAGAUGUUUCAAACUCUGCAUCGCCGCUCGUUGAGUCACUUCUCCCAAAAAGCAGCUGUUUUAAGCAGAAUUAAAAGAGGGUGUGACACUGAGAGGCCUGCUCUGUCUGUGUGUGCUGAUGGCGGGGUUUUUUUGUACUUUAAAUCCUUAAAAUGAGAUCAAUUUAAACUCACAAUACUGACCUGGAUGGAUGGAUGAAGACUAUCUGAAUUCUUUCAGCCAGUUUAUUUGAUAUUUUAUAGUUUUGAGCUUCUCUUGCUGCUGUUUUCCUCUUUUACAGACUGUCACCCCUCGCUGCCAACAAGAAAAUGGGUGUGCGUUAAAAGCAUGAUAGCGGCAGGAUUUCCUUUACUUAUCUGAUGUCUUGAGGAGGAUGAAGACUUAAGGGUAAGUGCCAGUGUCUUUGCAAAGCUUUUUUCUUUUAGAUUAAAAUGUGAGAUUUAUUCAAAUUUCCUUCUGUAAAGUGCUCUGAUCGACAUGUUGGCUUUGUGGUAUACCACGCUGCCAGGGUGUUGUCAUCUCUAGAAAACUUCUCUCUGCCAGUUUAAUUUCACAACCCCCUCAUUUUCAAUUUCCAUGAAACCAUUUCACAAUGUGCUUAUCGCAAACUACUGUAGUCUUUUGAAUUUAGAGAUGAAUAUUCUAAAGUAAGGUCUGCAAUCAGUUAAGAUUUGCAAUAUAUAACUCUACCCACACAAAAACCUUGCAACAGAUGAAAAUAAUGUCUUCAAAAGAACAAAUUUGAAGGAUAAAAACCCUCUAGAGUUUAUAGAAACCUUUGAUAACAUCUGAAAAUCAAACACAAAUGUAAAAAAUUAAAUAUUUCUUUGGUUCAAAAUUAAGUUGUCUCUAUGGAUUAAUGAGCCAAAACUAAAUGUUAAAAAUCACUACAAACUUUUUAUAUCAUUUCUAAGAUAGCCAGUAUAUCUGAUGUGGUGCAUUAAAUGUGUUAAAAAUUGCUGAAUUUUUCAUACUUACUUCACAUGUACAGUAUGUUUUAAAUAUACCCCGUAAAGGAUUAUAUGACACACGGCACUAUAUCAAAAAUACACACACCAUCUCUCUCUAUUAUUGUCGUACUAGUGACUAAUAAUAUGUCAGUCAGGUUAAAGCAGAGGCACAAAAUUGGUGAGUUCACAGCAAUUGAGUCAUUCUGAUGUGGAAAUAGAAAGAACAAAACACAUCAGACUGUUGGAAGACCGAGAGGACGCAAACCACAGAAACAUUUCAAAAGAGUUUCUGCAAAGUUUUCAAGUCCCACAAAAGGAACAAUUUUGCCUUGUUUGAACAAACCAAUAUCUUGAGUGUAUCCCCUCUCCUUCCGGUUGUGUAAAGUUCCAGGGGAAACAGCUACAACAUACUAUUUAAUGAGAUAACAGCAGAAGCAAAUGAGAUCUCUGAAACUCUUUGCAGUACAACUCUGACUCAAUACAGGACUGGGCCACUUUAGUAUUUAUAAAGAUUUGAAUGGUUUGAUAAUCAUGUAAACCAUAGUUUAAAUUCACGUAGUGCAAAAACAAAAAUGUCGAAACCAAAUGUUUUAUUAUGCAAUGUAAAAAUAUGUAACUUUUUUGUUUUGAUGCCAGCAUUUCAAAGUUGGGACAAGGACAACAAAACAACGUUUUUUAAAUGGAUGUUUUUAGUCUUAAAAUACUCUGUCCACAUGACAGCGAUAAUGUGUGACCUGAAACUGAAUUCGCAAGUGCAUAAAACUCCGACCUACAAUUGGACGGCACUUUGUGUCGCGUUCACACCAUAAAAUCACCUACUCAUUCACUGACAAAUGACUCACUCCAUUUGCGUGCUUGUAUCACAUCUGCAAAGUCCCCAAAUAUGUGUGAAUGCAAGAGACGAGAGAAAGGGAAGAGGGGUUUCUACAUUUCCAUGUUACAUAGCAGAAGGUUAAAUACACUGUGAGAGCCUGUUGUGUUAAAACAAUUUACCAGAUAAUCAGACCUCCUCACUCACUUUCAUCCAGUUGGGCUCCUUUUUUUAUUUCUGUCUCUGUGUCACAAACAAGUUGUGUCCCACGGGUUAAGUGGUUGCAUAGCCUACUGUCACGAUGAGUUUAUUCUCCAUUUUACACAUGGAUAAAUCUCUGCUGGUCUAUUGUUGACAUACGUCUCCAGGGAAUCUUCAUGCCGAUUGUUUGGGGUCUCUUGAAAGUUAAAAUGGGAAGAGGUUUAUUAUGCUGUGAAAGUGUGUGAGCAAAUACUUUAACAAUUUAAAAAUAAAGUUUCCUAGAGAAAGAAUCAGAGGAUUCAUCAUCUAUAGUUCGAUAUCAUUAAAAAUCUGAUAGUCUGGGUAUAUCUGUUAAAAUUAAAAAGAAAAAAAAAGGCUGAAAUGGCUGUGAUUUUCUGAUCCCUAGGUGGCAUUUCAAAGAGACAUAACUCUGGAGUGGAAAUCACUGCAUGGAUUUUAAACAAUAUUUUCAUAUCCAAUCCAGUCCAAUCCGCUUUACUUAAAUAGCACAUUUUAAAAAACAUUCAAGUUAACCAAAGUGCUGCAUAAUAAAAUUAAAAGAACAGACACCGCAGAAAACGUCAAGAUGAAAUAAAUAAAAGCAGGUAAAAAACAUUUAAAAUGAAAUAAAAUAAAUGAGAUAAAAACACAAAUACACAAAACAAAUAAAAGUGAAAUAGUCAUAUUAGAAACCAUAUUUUUACACAGAAUAAUUCUUUGAGCCCAAUUAAGGUGGACUGAAAGCAAGCGGAAAACUCUCCUGUGGUCUGUCUCAUCAGAAUUUCACAUUCUGACCCCCCUCAAGCAUACUGUAAGGAUAAAGCACAUUUCAACUAAGAAAAAUAAACUUGUUGUACAAUAACUUUGCUUAUAAACACACCAUGGGGCUUAUCUCGCCUGUGUCUGCAGAGAUCCAGCAGAGGGCACUGGUGUUACACACAAAAUACCUGCCUGAAUGUAGGGACAUGAGCACUUCUAACACGGGCUUGGUGUAGGAAUGAUUUCAGUGAUCUUCAGUCAGUUCCUGCUGAAAAUGUCCCUGUUAUCAGAGUGAAUGCUCAGAGAGUGAAAUAAAUCUAUGAUCCACCCUUUCCUUCCUUUUCAGGAGAGACUCACCUGUGAUCUGUGCCUCUUCGACAUGGAUUACGCCUGGCAGUCAUGACACCAUCUGUAUCCCGAGUUUUCCUCCUCCUCCUCCUCUUCAGCCUCCUCACCUCGUCUCUGCUCUAUUUCAAUCUCUCAGGGCCGACACUCUCUCUACUUAAACAUCAACAACAUGUCCCUAAGAGAAACAUUAGCAUCUUGCUGUGGCACUGGCCUUUCGGGCGCUCUUUUAGGCUUCGUGGAGACAAAUGUCUGUCAAAGUAUAACAUCAGUGGCUGUUUGCUCUCUGAUAACACCUCCACCUUGCCAGCUGCAGAUGUGGUUGUCUUCCAUCAUCAGGAACUGAGCGGAGAUCAUUCUCUGUUGCCUCUGCACCGGGAUAGGCCGGCCUCCCAGCACUGGGUGUGGAUGUCUAUGGAACCUCCUAUCAACAAUGUGAACCUCUCACAGCUCAAUGGCCUCUUUAACUGGACCAUGAGUUACAGGCGGGACGCAGACAUAUCUGUCCCUUAUGGACAGACCCUGUUAGGGGGUGAUGGACACGUCUUUACACCUGCUCCAAACCGCUCCUGCCUGGUGAGCUGGGUGGUUAGCAGAUACCACCCUAAGCAGGCUCGUUCUGCUGUUUACCAGAGUUUAAAAAAGUAUGUCCCGAUACAAGUGUACGGCAGGUGGAACAAAAGACCCCUGUCAGAGAGGAAACUGCUGCCCACCAUCUCAAAGUGCUUAUUUUACCUUUCCUUUGAGAACUCUGAAGCCACAGACUACAUCAGUGAGAAGCUCUGGAGGAACGCUUUCCAAGCAGGAGUCGUACCAGUCGUCCUCGGCCCCAGAAAGGCCACCUACGAGGCCUUGGCCCCUCCUGGGUCCUUCAUCCAUGUGUCUGAUUUCAGGAGCACAGCAGGUCUGGCUGCCUAUUUGAAGCAUGUGGCUGCAGACAUGAAGGAGUAUGAGAAAUUCUUUCAAUGGCACCAAACUCACAGAAUAAAAACCUACACUCACUGGAUUGAAAGACUGUGCCAAAUCUGUGUCCAGUACCCCAGUUUAAAACCGAAUAAGGUCUAUGAGCACCUGGAGGACUGGGUUCACAGCUGAAGGCCUGUUAACCCUAGAACACUAUCACUGGGUAAUUUUCACCCAACCAAACAUGUUUACGUGAUUUUUAUUAUGUUGUGUUUGUCUGAGUAUCAUGGGUCUCUGGGUAGCUUCAGCAUUGCCUUUGACAUCUUUGAAGGUUUAUUUGUUUCCCUGAUCUAAAACCCGCUUUUUCCUACAGGCACGUGUUCGGGUGAUUUUAGAGAUAGAGGGUAAAGUAGGUUUGUGUGGAUUUGAUAGCUGCAUGUAGGCGAAUAAGGUCAGUAAGAGUGGUCCUGGAAAUUGCGUGCUAUCUUUAGUUAGCACAGUGGUUAUGAAUAACUAUCACUCACUCAAAAUAUGCCGUUAUUAUGCUGUUAUUGUGCCAAAGACCCUGAGUCUUCACCAGGGAAGACUGACAUGCCCCCAGGAAAAGAAACUAAGUUUACAGUUUCUAUACAUAUAUUUUUUAGGAUUUUUUGUUCAUGUAUAGCUAAUUUCUAUUAUUUUGUUGGCACUUUUUUUCAUCCCUUUGGACAUUGCACAGUAAAAAUAAAAGAAAACUACUUUAAUUUCUCAUGUAUUGUCCUAUUUUGAUGACAAGUACUUUAUCUUGGGUAUAUUAUUUCUGGUAAAAAUCACUCGAUAGCGAUAGUGGGGGUGUUACUAAUUUUCGCGGUAGUGUUCUAGGGUUAAAUGUGCAAGGGGGGUUCACUCUUGUUCAAGUUGUCUCUAUUCUACCUGAGCCUUUUUAGAUAAUCAACGCUCCCAAUGUCUUUAAAGUGGUGUUUUUGCUUAAAAGCACUGAGUCAUUUGUAAACUAGACAUGCUCUCCACCUCAGUGUAUGCCUGUGUUCCUGCAUUGGAGUCAAUAGGUCAUACAAGGAGGCCACCAUAAAAGAAAACCGUAUGUAAUGGAAGUGAAUGAUGAUUAAUUGACUCAAUCCUGCCAGUGUGGCUCUCACAGAAUAUAUAACGAGGAUCAUUGUUACAGUUUGUAAACUUCUGUGUUUAAAUGUCUGUUUACCUCUUUUUAUCUGGGCUGGUUUAUGCCUCAAGAUUUAUGUAACACCUUUAAAAGGUAAAGACAAUUUAGCCACAUCUUGCAUUCAUGUGAUAACGCUCAGCUCAAACAGCAUAUCGCUACACAAUCUUCGCACGCCCAUAGGCCUUAUCAAGUGUCAAUCAUAGAAAAUAAGAACCCGAAAUAGCUUUUGAAAAUGGAGCUGCACAGAAAAAAGUAAAAAAGAAAAACUAGACAGUAUUGACUUAGUAGUUAUCAUGUAAUUACCAGAUAAUUUCAUGUUGUUACUAGGUAAUUACCUGUUAAUUACCUGGUUGUAAGUGUACCAUAUAAGAAAGCGUUACCAAGAUCUCUAAAAUGGGGUUAGAGAUUAUUUUGUAAAAGAAGAGAGACUCUAGAACACAGUUUGCUGAUGAUUAUAUAAAUAUUUAUUUCCUUAAUUUCAGCUGUGGUAUAUCCUCAUGCAUGCAAACAGGGCGAUAAAGAAGUCAUAAUGUAGUCUAAAAACAGUCUGUAUCAAAGAGAGCUAGUCUAGGUAGUUGUUUUAGAGUUCCUUCAACAAGACAGCCUGUUCGGUUUGUGUUCGGCUCUCAGCUCAGGUGAAGAGAAAGCAGAGAUAUGUCACAUUAAAAAAGGCAAACAGUAUGCGAGUUAUAUUUUCUGUAAAUCCCUCUUUGUCUCCCAUUUUUGUUCUCUGAGCUCAGCGAGUUUAAUUCAAACAGUCUUUACAACACAGUUCAACAUCUCCAGUGUUAAUACUCCCUGGUGAUUUUUUUUUUUUGUUUUUUUACAUGUGUGUUUGUGUGUAAUGUGUGCAGGUCAAGUAGAGUUUGAUGUGCUCCUCCGUUGUGGGCGAGCGAGAGGCAGAGAGAGAUAGAGAGAGAGAGAGGGAGAGGGCUGAAGAGAGAGGAGCCACACACAGUGACUUUCCUGAGAGACGACAGCAAGAGGCCACAGUUACAUCUAGGGUUCCUGUUACAAACAUCCAUCACUGAAGCUGAGAAUCAUCCUGUGGGUGUAAUUUAAUAUCUAUGCAAUACAGCAAUUUGACAGAAGGACGGCUUGUUGACGCCCAGGUGUGGAAUAUUUUGGCCAGGUGAGAUUGUUUAUUGAUAGCAGCUCAAGUAAAGGGAAAAGCAGAGAAUAUCCAUUGAGGGUGAUUCCAUCAAUAUUAGGAAUUUGUUUUUUUAAUAUUCAUUAUGUUGAUGUCUCCAAGAAGGGCCACCAAAUGACUAAUGUGAAAGUCAUAAUAGAUAAACUUCUUGUAUUACACACAGGCCAUAGGUAUCUUAUGGAAGAAUAAACUCUUUUAAUUAGGAUCUUUAAAAUAUUAUGAUAUAUAAUAAACAUAAACCUUCUUUAUUCAUAAUUUUUGCUUUGGUAUGACUUGCAAUUUAACUGCGUUAUUCUUUUUGGCAAGUCAAAAAGGUUCUUUUUAUAUAACCUCUAUUUUUACAGUGGUUGAAAAAUAACUGUAUCAUGGCAAUUCUAUCAAAAGUUACGAUUGUUUUCUUUUAACCAUGGUUUUAUUACAAAAUCGAUCGGUAAACUGUAUACGAAAAGUGAGCAGAGCACCGUGUCAUCAUCCUUUACUUUUUUGGCCUGAAGUUUAAAAUUUUGACUGUUGCCACUAGAUGGAACUAAUGUCCUCGUCAUUUCAACUAAAAUGUGUUAAUUCCCUAAUUAAGUGAGUUUAGAGGUCAGAAACUCACAGAAAACAAUGGAAAUUGAGCUCAAUUUAACUGUAAAAAGGAUCACAGAAUGGUUGGACUCCAUACAGGUUAAUGGGGUUAAAUUGUUUCACUGAAUGUGGCUUAUUUUAGCAGAGCUAGAACCACCAGCCUUCAGUCCUCCUUGCAAGUUUACGUCCACAAGCCUGUGCUGGUUACUCAUCGCUCCAGUCAAGGGGUAAAAAGUCCGUUUAACUAGACACAGCCUACAUACAAUUGUAUCUCCAUUUCCCAGAUCAAAAUACUGAUAAAUUGCUCCUCACUGAAAUAUGGCAUCCGUCAGCUGGUGGGUGGCUUUGGUGCAGCUUAAAUACAUCAUCUGACUACAUUUCAGGCCUACAAUAAUAUAUAUAUUCAUGAUUAAAUUGUGAUAUUUCAAGGAAAAUGCCCCAAUAUAGAUUUGCAUGUUUCUUCUUGGCAUAAUAUUCCUUUACUGAGAGAGAUGGGACAGUAGAGGGAGUGGAAAACUCUCACAGACUGGUUUAUGAUUAUAUUUCUUCUUACAACCUGCACCAGUCUGUUACUGCUGUUUCUACUUCUUAUAAACAGUCUCUGAAUCUGACUGUGAAAUUUAUCACAAUACUUUUUGUUUUAUCAUGUAAAUACACAAUAAUGAUAAAAUGAUUAACAGUCAUAGAUUCAAUGUUGUUGAUGUUACCAUAGUGUGACGUAGUAUAAAUAUAUUCUUUAAUAGUUCUAUGGCAAAAUAUCUUUUAUUUCUUCAAAUACAUCUUUCAAUUAUUUUGAGGUUCUGACCUUGAGGACAUCUUGAUGUAAUAAAGUUUGUACUCAUAUUUUCCAGUUUGGUCAAGUUUUUUUUGUUUUCAUUUAAGCAAAGUUUCGAGUUCACUUAAAAUAAUGUGUGUCUCGGUGAUUUACAUUGAUUGGUCAUUUGGCCAGCAGGCGUCUGACGUCAACACAUUAAAUAACGCGGGUCUUGGAUCUGAAUCUGUGCAGUGAUCUUAGGGGGCAAAAAUACUGAUAAUGAGGCACUGCGGUGGUUGGCUGACUGAAUGUUGUCCGCAGAGGGGGCAGCCUAGUACUGACAAAUGUAGUAGCAGAAAAGCACCAAAAUAAAAAUGCCAAGCACUUGAGAAGAACCAACACCGGUGGUUUACACAAGACACACAUGAUCCAGAGUCUGAUCUGGAUCAUGUCACAGUUACAACAUUAUAUCUCAGAGAAGUGUAUUCAAAAUUGAAUUCAAUUCCACCUUUUGGCCUUUUUGUUUAACUGCAUGCCAUUGCAGAUCCCUCCUGUUGUUACAUCACCACAGGAGCAAAUUCAAAUCAUCUCUUGGAGACUGUUUACAUGGAAAUCUAUUUUGACUGAUCCUUUAAAUGUAAGCUAUGUUUUGGGAAACUUUAAAUGCAAACUUAAAAACCAGACCCUUUAAUCUUUUACAGACAUUCAUCCCUUCUAUCAAUGUGUAAACUCAGACAACAGUAAAUUCACAGCUAUAUCUGCACACGCUGAUAAGCUGCCAGUCAAAUCGUCUGUUAUGCCUCCAGCUUCUGGCCUGACACGCAUAUCCCAGUGGUUUUAGUAGAUCUGUUUGUACAUAGAAUAUUUUCAGAACAUUUGAGUAAGACUGAUGAUGUUUUUAAAAAUGCAAAGAAAUGGCUUUUCCACUUUUACUGGGGCAGUGCUCGUCCAACUAAGGCCUCACAAGAUAUGUUUCUCAGUAGUAGUACUAUAGAUACAAUGCAGAGGCGUCUUUGCUUCCAUACUCUCAGGGUUACUAUGCUGGAGGAUGACUUAAGUGUGUAGACAAUAAAUAUGUUUUUCAUUACAUGGAACCUUUAAAAAUUUGGUAGGGUUUAAACAUUGCCGGUGACCUUGUUAUGACGAUUAGGAUGAUUCACAGAUACUCUCUGCUUUUCCCUUUAUAAAAUUCAAUUAAAACCCCUUCUGCACAAUUACAAAUAUAUAUCAAAUAAGCUUUUGAAAACCUCUAAAAUCCCAGACAUUAACUGUCCUUUCCACAUGUGCAGAUAAAUAAUUUACGAUAAGGAAACAAACAACAGUAGAGUAUGUGACACAGCACUCACUGACAAACACACUGAGUGAGAGGUAACAUCUCUGC